AUGGAAUCUCAGUUAGGUUCUAGCUUUCAGUCGACAUCACUGAUUGAAGAACAAGAAACUACACCUAUGCAAAAGAGUAUAUACUCUGAACAAUCAGACGAAUCUGAUCAGUUUAUAGACGUACCGCACUCAGAAGAGGACAGUGAUUGUAUGGUAUCUUCCUUACAUUCUGGGUCAGAAAAAUCUUUAAACCUGAGCGGUACACUAAUUAAUACGGAAGAUUAUAAUAUAUCACCAGAUGAUAGUAGUGUUAAUUCUGUACAUAUCGGAGAUGGCAUGGAAUCAUAUGAAUUUCCCGAAAUAAUAUUAAAUAAUGAUAUUCCUGUCGUGCCUGGACCUGGUGAAAAUCGUGACCAAAUCCUCGCUCCUUUAAUUAAUGAUGAAAAUGAUGAACCGAAAAAUGAGAAUAGGAUUAUUUCAACGCCAAUUAUUACAAAAACCCAUGAAAAUCGUUCUUCAAGUCCUGCUAUUUCUGAAUUGACCACUAAUUCUAAUGAAUCAGAAAAUAGAAAACCAUCAUUGACCCCUAAUUUUUCAAAUAUUUUGUUUGGACAACAUCAUUAUAAUGAUUUUCAACGGGAGGAUAUGAAUGCACGAGAUAUCGCAAGAAGAUUUAUUCAUCAGGAAAUGUUAGUCCCAUUUUUUCAAGGAUUUAGUUGGGCAAUUGGAAUGCAUCUUUAUCGGUAUUUACGAUACGGUUUUUCGUUGAGAAGUUUGUGGCGAAAUUUGUUUACAGGAUUUAUAGGAAAUUCUACUACUACACACUAUUUUGAAGUGAUCACACCUAAAAUUUGA